AUGCAUCCCUCUUUAGCGCCUCAUCUUCAUGGCGACUGCCUAGAAAUUAUACAGCAACUGUAUCGCUGUCACGAACAGGUUAGUAAUUAACGUCUUGUGUUGUAAACACGUGCGUGCCUUCUUGGCCAUGUUCUUGUGCUGUAUACAAUUUUUUUUUUCGCCUUUCUUUACAGCAUCCUGUUGGGAAAUUCCUAGGCGAGUGCAAUGACAUCAAAAGAGCAUUGAAUAGAUGUGUAAAAGAGGAGGUAUUUAAGUCUUUUUUAUCUGAUAUCCAUUUCACUUCAUUAGUUGAGGGGAGAUGUGUUAUGUAAUUCUGACUUUGAUUGCGAGGACGAAAUUCUCUGGUUUUUCCAUAUGGUAAUAUUUGUAGUAGAAUUUUUAUAAAAAGAGGUUUUAAAAUGUUGAUUUUGAACAUUGUCAGGGGUGUGAAGGAUAAAUCAGUCAAUAAAUAUGUUGAUAAAAAUUAAUGAUGAUGAAUAAAUUGAGUGGUUGUUCAUCCAGCCCUGACUGAAUUGAGUAACAAAGUGUGACAUAACAGAAAUGAGAAUUUGUGAAAUUAUGGGAUUUGUUGUCAUCCUCUAUGAGACCAAGAUGAAAAAUGCUUGUGUACCAAAAAUCAGUGUGUUUGCACCAAAUGACAGUGAGAGAUACUACAAUCUUAGACAAAAACCUUGAAACACUUUGGAAAAUUCUGCUCCCUUUUGUUUUCCCCCUCCCUUUUGCAACGUUGUUGUAGCCAUGCAACUUUGAAGUAACUUCUCAACAUUGCAGGGGGAAAGGGACGUGCAUAGGUGUUUCAGAUUUUUGGUGAGGAUUGUGUGAGGUGUAAAAGGCCAUCUGGUUAUCAUUACACGCUAUUCAGACGUGGCGGCAUGCUCGAAGAAACAGCAAGCGUGACCUAUAGCGUGAGGUGUUUUGAUUUUAAGGGCUUUAAAUAUAUGACGAGAAUUUCUUUCUUGGCAAUCUUUACCGCUCAAAUUUUCCAGAACUGUUUCUCGAUUUCAAGGAGAAAAAAUUACAAUACCAACUUUAUUUAGAACAGGGAGCUAACCAAGAAGACAAGGGUUUGGUCAACAUUACUAAUUUCCAACAGCGGACCCAAUGCAGUCAAUGCAGAAUUGUACAAGACAUGAUAUCAAUGAGAACUAAUUUAAAUCCAAUAGUGAACAUAUUUUAAUUAGUAAGUGGAGACUUGCAUGUCAAAUGCGAGAGAAAAGUAAUUUUUCACAGAAUGGACAAAAUGGAAAUGAAAAAUACAAUUCUUAAUACCUGCAGUAUAGACGAGAAAAAAUGUGAUAAAACUCGAUGGAUAACUGUAUGCAGCGCCGAAUGGAAAUUCAGGAAAUUCAAGGAAAGAAAACAAAUUAACCCGAUACUGAGCAACUCACUGAGUUCUAUUUAAAUAGAACUCGGCCCGAUAUAAUUGCGUGAUGCAUCUGUUGCGUAAUGUAAACAGUCAUCGGUUAACCCUGCGUGUUAACGCCACGGUUUACCAUUGUUUUUGCUCUUAUUCUGUUUCAAAUGUGUGUUUUGUAGUUUAAAAAAAGGUUUGAUAUGAAGUUAACUAAAAUUAAUAUCCAACCCAACUGUUAAGUUCAGAUCUGGCCACAGCUUGAAUUUAAGGGUUUUUACAACGGUUAACCAUACUGUGUAAUAAAAUAAAGAUGUCAACAGCGUUACUUUCAUAUUUAACAAUGGUAAACCGUUGACCCUUUUCUCCUUGUGAGCAGACAGCACUAGAAAGUAACGGUCGUACACUUUGGAAACAAUGCUGUUAUUAAAGACGUUAAGUGUCUGCAUUUGUUUGCAGAUAUAAAUACAUGCUGCGACUUUUUGAAAUCCACUGACACCGAAAAAAUCUAAUGGUAAACCGUUGGGGUAAACCGUAGCCCUUGCACAUUACACAACACAAGCAUAAUGGGAUUAAUUUGGGGUGAGUCCCGUUUCAAUAGAAAUACGGUCAGUUCUAAGUUACCUGCCUAACAUUUACCUUCAGAAAUUACUCUUAUCAAGGAAAAAAUACUUCUGUAAAUUGGCAGUUCUAGCAAAGACAUUUCUUGUGCUAAAUCUUUGCAGGUCCUAGCACAAUAUUACACUGUUCUAAUGCAACAGAACAGCUCACGACUGCAAAUUCUGCUUGCAUACACUCACUCCCUUUCAAGUGAAGAUUUCUUUUCAACACAACUCUUCUCCUUAGACACUUCACCUUCUCCUCUCACAUUCAGAAAAAAAAAUUCACAUAAUUUAUCGAACUUCAACAAACGUGUACAUCAUCAUUACAACAGAUGCAAGGCAGGCGUGUAGUCGCCACUAAAAAUGUUUAACUCUUAUUUAUUUGAAAAUUUCCUGCCACUUCUCAACAUUGCAGGGGGAAAGGGACGUGCAUAGGUGUUUCGGGGAUUUUUGGCGAGGAUUAUAGCAUCCUUAUGUUUUUUGACAACUGCAUGCAAAUCCUUCGAAGGCCAAUUUUUGAGGAUUUGUAUGGAGUCUUAAAUAACUAUCUCUGUGCACGUAUUAGGUAUAAGCAGCAGGUGUGAGAGUAAAACCUUACCAAAUUCUUACAUGUAAAAGGAAAGGGAGAGUGGCAGUAUACUGGCCCAACAACCAACAUGUACCAUCUCUGAUCACAAUAAUUAUUGACUCGAUGUAUCAUUAGUCCGGGUAGUAAGCAUUUCCACGCAAGUUAUUGCACAUCUGCAAGAGCUUUCACAAUAACUCAAGUGGAUGAGUAAUAACUACGGCCAAAAUGGUUGCUACACAGGCUACUUGCCAAUUCUGAUCCGCCCUUUAUUGCAAUAAUAUUUAUUUCAUAUUGUUAGUUUUAUACCAGACUACAUCCCCCGGGUGACAGGCAAGGCUGCAUGUAAUAAUCAUGAUGCUAAGAACAUGCUCAUGCAACAUUUAUGGAUCUUUAAACAUUGUUCUAUUUUUUAUGACAGGAUUUAAGAAAAAGAAGAAGAAACCAAGAAGACGCAAAAAGAAGAAGAAAGACGCUAAAAGAUUUGUGUUCGGCAAAACAGGAGUAA